UCCGGCUCCGGCACCAUGUCCCUGCAGUACGGGGCAGAGGAGACGCCCCUGGCCGGCAGCUACGGCGCGGCGGACUCCUUCCCCAAGGACUUCGGCUACGGCGUGGAAGAGGAGGAAGAGGAGGCGGCGGCGGCGGGCGGCGGGGUCGGGGCGGGGGCGGGCGGCGGCUGCGGCCCGGGGGGCGCGGACAGCUCCAAGCCCCGCAUCCUGCUCAUGGGGCUCCGGCGCAGCGGCAAGUCGUCCAUCCAGAAGGUGGUGUUCCAUAAAAUGUCACCUAAUGAGACCCUAUUUUUGGAAAGUACCAACAAGAUUUAUAAAGAUGAUAUUUCCAAUAGCUCCUUUGUGAAUUUCCAAAUCUGGGAUUUCCCUGGGCAAAUGGACUUUUUUGAUCCAACUUUUGACUAUGAGAUGAUCUUCAGGGGAACUGGAGCAUUGAUAUAUGUCAUCGAUGCACAGGAUGACUACAUGGAAGCUUUAACAAGACUUCACAUUACUGUCUCUAAAGCCUACAAAGUUAAUCCAGACAUGAAUUUUGAGGUUUUUAUUCACAAAGUUGAUGGUCUAUCUGAUGAUCACAAAAUAGAAACGCAGAGAGACAUUCAUCAAAGGGCCAAUGAUGAUCUUGCAGAUGCUGGGCUAGAAAAACUUCACUUAAGCUUUUAUUUGACUAGUAUCUAUGACCAUUCAAUAUUUGAAGCCUUUAGUAAGGUGGUACAGAAACUCAUCCCUCAACUGCCGACCUUGGAAAAUCUAUUAAAUAUUUUUAUAUCGAAUUCAGGUAUUGAAAAAGCAUUUCUCUUUGAUGUUGUCAGCAAAAUCUACAUUGCAACAGACAGUUCUCCUGUGGAUAUGCAGUCUUAUGAACUUUGCUGUGACAUGAUUGAUGUUGUAAUUGAUGUAUCUUGCAUAUAUGGGUUAAAGGAAGAUGGAAGUGGAAGUGCUUAUGACAAGGAAUCUAUGGCAAUUAUCAAACUGAAUAAUACAACUGUCCUUUAUUUAAAGGAAGUGACUAAAUUUUUGGCACUGGUCUGCAUACUUAGGGAAGAAAGUUUUGAGCGAAAAGGUUUAAUAGACUACAACUUCCACUGUUUCAGGAAAGCUAUUCAUGAGGUUUUUGAGGUGGGCGUGACUUCUCAUAGGAGCUGUGGUCACCAGACCAGCGCCCCCAGUCUGAAAGCAUUGACACACAACGGCACGCCAAGAAAUGCCAUGUAGCAUGAAUUCCAGUGGCUGGGACUCUGCCAGCUCACUCUGCACUCCAGGGUCAUAGAGAAUGUGCUACAGGACAUGGGAGUAGCGUCUGUGGAAUUCUGGUGCCCGUCCCACUAGGAACAAGGGAUUGAAUUCUCAUUUGGAUGAAAACCCCUUCAACCAGUGGUGUGCAACCGAAGAAAUUAUUGCUUAAAAAAAAAAAGAAAGAAAGAAAAAAGAAACCUGGCAAAAACGAAUUCUAGAGACCUCAGAACUCAGAACUUAGGAAUUUUUUUCCUUGUAGUUGUCCUACAUGAGGUCAUUGGGAUGUUUUGGACCUGGAGAUUCCACCUCCUGCCCAUCCUUACCAAGGAAUGUUGCUGUCAAUUACCAGUCAAAAAUAAUAGAACUGAAUUUUUAUAUGCUUCCCUUAGGUUUUUAUUUGAGUAGUCUCUGAACAUUCUGCCUUGCUUAAGUUUUAACACUGCCUCUCAGAUUUCUAUAUUGAACAUUGCACACCUGAGACCUGAGGCUUUGCUUGCCAACUUGGAAGAUACGUCAGCUAAUUGCAGAAAGGACAUUCCUGUGUUUGUUACUAAAGAAAUGAGAAAAUUUUAUGCUGCACCAAGUUGAGAGCAAGGCUGAACAGUGGCUACUGCACUAGUUCACAUGAAGUACUGAUGAAGAAACCUUAAAACAGAAGAAAAAUUUUGCACUUGGUUUUUGGGGUACCAGUAAUCUGGGUUCUUUUUCUUGCAGUAGGCAAAUAAUCAUGACCUGUGUAACAAAGGGAAUUGAGAACACGUGUUUUCCUCAGUCUCUACCUUUGGGAGCAAUUCAUUAUAAUAUUUAGCUCACCUUUUCUUUAAACUUUAUAAACUCUAUUCCUUCCCUGCCAAGCUGUCCCACCUCUUUUUAAAGUGCUGUUCUGUUGACCAGGGAUGAAUCUAGGCACAGGGGCACUGCUUGCUCCCUGAGGGACAGGAGAGCACACAGGGCCACAGCAUGUGGGUAGAACAUGCUUCAUCUCCAGUAUUUUGACACCAGGUGUCAGCUGUGGUACUUCUCUGCCUAAUAUUUUAAAUCAUAAUUAUUUCUUUUUGUUGAUAGUUAAUUCUCUGAGCUGAUUUAAACUUCCACAUCAUUUUUAUUCCAUUUGCCUAGUAGUCAUAUUCCAAAGCCACUGGACCACUUGAGUACAUAAAGAGCCACUGUUUAAUGUAAUAUGUAUAUUCAGGUCUGUAACCUAACAGUGUGACUUGGAGUGCUUCCUGCAGAUGAUUCUGACUGUUGAGUAUUUACAUGGACCAUGGUGAUAUCCAAAAGAAAAUGCUUUUAUAUUUAUAGAUUUCAUUGAACUAUAUAAAGUGGGUAUCAAUAAAUGUAUUUACUCCAAAA